CCUGUUACUUCAUCCAGCACAAUAAAAUCUGUACUGCAUUUAUUUAAAAAAUACUAUCUCUGCUGUUUUCUUCCUAGCCAUCCUCCGUUUCCAUACUGUUUCAGCUUCCGUUUUAAAAGCAAAUUGUCCCGCCUUUGAAAACCGACUAACUGUCUCUUAAAUCCUGACGUCAGGACUACUACACUUUUGUAGUAGUUACGGUGGAGUUUCCCCCACAAAUUGACGUCACCACUCCCAUAUUAGCAUGGUCUUUAGAAGUAGGCUUUGAACCGCCCAGAAGGUGAUGUCAGAGCUUUCUUGUCCAGCCCACUCCAUUAUCCUAAUAAAUCCCCGUAUUCCCUGUGUGGAACUCCCUAACUUUCGAAGUGUUUUCGGCCAAGUUCAUUCCACUGAGGGACCGAAGCAUUGCAUGCAAAUUCUACUCUAUUACUUGUUGCUAAGGGCAAAACAUUUGAGAAAAGAAACAUAACCAUGGAGUCACAAGUUGAACAGCAGAUGGAAAGUACAGUGAAAGUUCCAGAAGAAUUUAUUCCAGUACCAGUUCCUGAUUCAGUGAUGGACUACUGGAAGCAGCACACAGCUUUCCUUAAUGAAACAUACAGAAAAAUAAGCCCAGCUUUUGGGAAAAAGAAAGGAAAACAAAUCCUGCUAAAUGAUUAUGCUGUUCAAUUAAUUGCAGGCCCUGCAUAUCAACCUCAGCUUCAGCAGCAUGAAAUAUUGUCUGGAAUUGGCAAGUAUGAGGAGUGGCAACAGCAGUCAUGCCAGAACGAGCUACAAACUGUUCAAUAUGAUCACCUUUUUCAAAUCCAAAGUAAUGAACAAGACAGACCUACCACAGUGCUGAUCUUAGGAGUUGCUGGAAUUGGAAAAACUACCUUAGUUCAAAAAAUAUCUCAUGAAUGGGCUCAAGCACAAAUAUAUCAAGAAUUUCAUUUUAUGUUGCCAUUUAAUUUUAAUGAUUUACGUAACUUAGAAAACGUAAGCAUCAGCGAUAUGAUUUUGCAUUCUUAUCCAUACCUUAAAGAUGGACUUGAAAUAAUUCUUCAGGAUCCUAAAAGGGUACUUUUCAUUUUUGAUGGCCUAGAAGAAUCUAAUGGUACAGACAACUAUAAUCAUGGAGUGGCAGAAGAAAAUUCUGAGAAUGUUCCACAUCUAUCUCCAGAAUGGAAAACCAGUUCUGCAAAUAUUAUCAACCAUCUUCUCAGAGGAGAAUUGCUUCAGGGAUGCUCUGUCCUUUUUACAAUUACACCAACCGCAUUCCAAGCCUUAGAUUUACCUUUCAUAAAAAAGCAUGCAGAAAUCAUGGGGUUCAGUGAGGAGCAGAGGAGGUGUUAUUUUUUGCAAUUCUUUGAAGACCCAAAGAUCAGUGAAGAAAUGUAUCAAUGUGUGAAAAAGCACAGUAUGCUAUACCCUCUGUGUUAUAUUCCUACCUACUGCUGGAUCAUCUGCUCCAUAAUGGAAGCAACUUUAAAAACCAGCAAAGGACACAAGUCUGAUCCACAUCUUCCUAUCACCAUAACACAGCUUUAUUCAUCAUUUAUUUACAACAUGUUGAAAUGCCAUAGCAACUCAAGUAAAGACUUCUCAGCAGUGUUACAACAACUGGGGGAAAUGUCCUAUAUGGGUGUUUGCAAUAAUGUCACUGUAUUUGAUGAAAGUCAGUUGUCUAAAUAUAACCUCCAGUCAUCGCAAGCUUUAUCUGGAUUUCUUCAAGACAUAUUCCAGACAGACCCUUCUUGCAAAAAGAAACUAUACACCUUUCUUCACCUCACUGUGCAAGAGUUUAUUGCUGCCUUAAUGAAGUCUGUACACACCCGAUCAGAUGAUAUCACUUCCUUACUGGAUGAGGCUUCACAACAUAGUGAUGGCCGGGGUGAAAUGUUUCUUAAAUUUUUUAUAGGACUGACUUCAUCUAAUAACUUGCUGCAGGAGUUUGUUGGAAAGAAGGAUGAGAAAAUAACCAACAAUGUGUUAGACUGGGUAAAACAAAAAGUUGAAGCUCAGUUGGAUCGAGAGUUUAUUGAUAUUGAUGCGUUUGGCUAUCUGUAUGAAAGUCAGAAUACUGCACUAACUCAGACUUUAAUGAAGAAGUUCAGUGAAAUUGGUUUAAGGCAUAGAAAGUUGAGUGCAUUGGAGUGCUCUGUCCUACACGCCAUGCUACAGCAUUGUAAUGUAAUUAAUAAUAUAAACUUCGAGCUCUGUAACAUCUUCCCACAGAGUUUGAGGAUACUGACUCCGGUGCUACAUAAGAGCAAGCAUAUCAACUUGAAUAAGAACUAUAUUGGCGACUUAGGAAUGAAAUGGCUUUCCGAGGCACUGAAAAGUCCACACACACAAAUUCAGAAUCUAGAACUGGAAAAAAACUCUAUUAAAUCUGAAGGAAUUAAGUUUAUCUCUGAGGCCCUGAAGAGUGCAAACUGUAAGCUGAAGAAUUUAAAACUUGGUAAUGAAAUACCUGAAUGGGGACAUUUUCCUAACACAUGGAAGCUGCAACUUGCAGACAAUGAACUGGAUGAAUUAGGAAUGAAAUAUCUCAGUGAAGCUUUGCAGAAUCCACACUGCAAACUACAAGAGCUGUGGCUACACAACAUUGGCAUAGGUGAAGCUCAUAUGAAGUUAUUGGCUGUCGCCCUGAAAAGCCCACACUGCAAAAUACAGGAACUGAAACUAUUUCACAAUAACCUUGGAAAAGAUGGAGCAAAACUUUUAUCAGAAGCAUUGCAAAGCCCACACUGUCAUAUACGUUCCCUGGCGCUGGGUGGAAACAACAUCGGAGCUCCUGGAGUGCAGUUCCUUUCUGAGGCCCUUAAGAGUCCACACAGUAAAAUAGUGAAACUGGGGCUGAGUAAAAACCAAGUAGAGGAUGAAGGAAUAAAAUGGCUAACAGAGGCCUUAAUGAGCCAUCACUGUAAAAUACAAUCUCUAGGGCUACACAUGAACAAUGUGGAAAAUUCUGGAGCAGAGUUACUGUCCAAAGUCCUUCAAAGCCCACAUAAUGACAUACAGUAUUUAGGCUUAAUGUUUAACGGUAUAGGAGAAGCUGGAAUGACACAUCUUUUGGAGGCCUUAGGAAGCCCACACUGCAAAAUACAGAAACUAGAUCUGGAACACAAUUCAUUUCAUGAUGUUCAUGAAUCAGAAGUCUACAAGUUAGUUACAGAAUAUAUGAAGACCAGACCACAUGCAGAGAUCCGCCUGCCUACACGGGGAUGGUUUUGUGGUAAUGCUAUUAUGUCCAUGCAGCAGCAUUUGGAAACUUUCUAAAUUACACUAUAUCCAACUAAACAUGUGUUGCUGCUUUUCUUUGACUUUUUUGUAUGUUUACAAUAAAAUACUUUUAUUAUCAUAAUGAAUAAAGCAUUACUUCGAUACUGAAAGGAAUGAUGCUGCAAUAAACCUUUGUGUACCUUAAAAUUAUGAAAUUUCUGAUGAAAUGUUUACCUCCCGCUAAAUAAGUUUUUCUAAGUUAAAUCAGGAAUGGAUCAAAAUCACUGUAUGCAUUAUAGCCUGCCCUCAUUAGAAAAAGCAGCUUAUCUUAAGUAAUUUUGAUUUGCUAUGUUUGUCUUGUUUAUAUAUUUAACUAAAAGAGCUAAAAGUCAUAAAUGCAAUAAUAAGCAAUAACAAAAAUGGUUGACUGCAAUAAUUUGUUUCAUUGUUCUUUUGCCAGCUAGGGUCAAACACUAACCUAAAUGGAACUUUUACAAGUUCAAUACAGGAAAGACAAUAAAAAGCACAAGAAUAUGAUAAAAUGUAGAAAAAUGCAGGUAUAGCAAAGAUAAAAUCUUACAUACAUAGGUAAUUUUGUUUAGGUGUUUCAUCCUACAUGUAUUGUUAUAUAAAGUCUGACAGUUGUUAUUGUUAUGCACUAAAGGAAAUGUAGAGCAUGGCAUAUUUUUAUAUACGAUUGUACAUCAAUAUAGGACAUUCAUCUGAGAAACCAAGUUAGAAAAAGUAACAGAUCAUGUUAGAUAACAAAUUUUUGCUUCUGUUUGGUGUGUGAAAUGUUGCAAAUUAGAUACACUUUAAUAAUAUGUAGAUUAGCAUAAACAAGGUGAGAUGUUUAUGUAAUGGAAGGAAUAGUUAAUUUCCAAUGCUGUGCCAUGUUGAUUUCAGUUAAUCAUUCAGAAGUUGGACAUGACUUCCACAGACAUUCUAGUAAUAGUAGCAAAAAACAAAAAACAAAAAAAAAAAAGAAACUCUGCCUUACCCUAUAGUAACAGUACGUAUGGGAAUAGUAAGGAUGUAUUCAAGUGUUUAGCAUGGGAGCAAAUUAUUACUUAAAUGUAUUGUUGAGGUAGAGGAUGUAGGAGGCAAUUUCUUUUCAAAAUAUAAAUAUAUAUGUGUAUAAUGCACGUUUCUGUUUAUAUAUUGAAAGUCUGUUGCCUUUAGGGAAUAGUACCUAUACAGGACAGAUGACAAAACAGAAAGUACCUUGAAAUACCCUCUCCAUAUCUGACUGGCAUUAGAUGCAUUCAUACAAAUGCAGACUAAUUUCUGAAGUGAAUUACAUGCUGAAUGAGCAGCUAUGAAGUAUAUAUACAUCCAGACUAUUAUUUUAGUAAAACAGACUCCAGCGUGUUUAAAAUCUGUAAUUGUGGGAGAAAUGCAAGAAUGUUCAGAAUGCAACUCAAUACUUGGGAAGUGUCAGUCCUGUAAUAACAGUAUAUUUGAGAUCUUAGGGAACAUACUGCACUUAAAAAUUUGUAUGCAUUUCACAAACAAUAAUUACUAAAUGCAUCGCAGGACAAACAGUGUAAUUUGAUAACUGUAUUUACUGUAUCUGCUUGUGUAAUUCAGAAUUAUAAUUUGAUGGUUUUCAGAGGGUAUCUUAUUACUUUGUUUUGCAGUCAUGCAAUGAAUCAUAUAUAGGUUUGAUUGGAAGAUUAAGCUGGAAACAUUGUGUACAAACUCUAAUGUUUGUCGAGUAUCAGAUUUGUGAUAGUACAACAACUAAGUUAUACCACCACUAAGAAUGUAACAGCACGCAAUAAAAACAAACAGCUGAAUACCAAUAUAUGCAAAACAUCUUGGAAUAAAACAUGGUAUAUUGUGA